AUGGAUGACAAAUCGCUGACCAUCACCAAGGGUAUAGGUCCAAUCCAGAUGGUGAAUACACCACCAUACUCUGCUUUCCAUGAUUGGAAGAGAUCAUCUAUAGAGGAAUCUGAAGAUGUCGAGAUUGAGAUUAUGAUUGUUAGGGCAAAUGAAAACUUACAAAAAAGAAAAGCUGGCAUAUUACCAGCCAAUAGCCAUGGUGUCGGGCCAGGUGGGAGACGUCGUCUUUUGUAA